UUCGUCUAAACAAAGUCUUCCUGUUGAAAGACUUUUGUCUAACAACACCAAUAUUUCAUACUUUCUAACUGCUAGAAAAUCGGGUGAUGUCAUUUGGGCUGAAGGGCAAUGCAUUCUUACAAAAACGAAAGGAAUUGAUAUCCAACGCUUUUCGGUUUAUCUCCAUUUCUUUAAAAAAUCUAUUUUGAAAACUAACUCAUGCUGUGACAGAAUCUAUCGCUUGAACGAGCAUUCGGUAACUGGCUUCCAGUUUCAGGGGCUAAUACUUAUGAUGGGAAAAACUAUUUUUAUCAACGAUCAUAAGCUAUGUAUAAAUAACGUGCAUUGCGAACUCGUCAAACGUGUCCCCAACUGUCUGAUAAGAGCGGUAGCUAUCAUGACAAGACUGGACACGGGCACAAAUCUGUAAAAAAUCAUCAAAGUUUAUUCUCUGUCUUCUGUUGCGAUACUUCACUGCCAGCAAAUUGAUAGUCUCCUCGCAUAUUUCGAAUCCUAGGCUUGCGAUCACGUCCUUCAGGUCUGCUGCAUCCAUAUCCCAGCUCUGAUUGCUCUCGUAUUUUUUAUACACUUUUCUCUUCUCCAUAAGCCACUGGAACAGAUCUUUAAACUGAGCAAAGUCGAGCUUCCCUGAUCGAUCUCUGUCCACCAUUACAAUCAAGCUUCUACAACACUCAAUACUGAAAUCUUUCACCUCGCCAAAAUCCCUUUUGAAUACUGCACCCAGCAAUUUGUGCAGUUCAAAUGCAUCGAUCUCAAGGUCUUCCCCUGCAACUCCUUUGAACAAAGUGAGAAAUUUUUCAUCAACUUCGGAACGAUUAUUGUUAUCGACCUCUUGCUUUGUUUCAGCAGUUUCGUUUGUCUCAUUGUCUUCCUUGUCGGGCUUGAAGUUAAAAUUCUCGUCAGUAUUACCCUUUGCUCUGUUUGUCUCUGUUGAUGGAAUUAACGUUAAUGUGAAUUUAGAUCCGAGGUGAGCCUUUUCAGAACUCGCCUUCAUAACAUAGCGUUCUACAGACAUCCUGAAACGCGGAAAUACUUCUAGGCCGUCGCGCACCGAUGUUGACUUGGUGGACACAAAAUGAGCGCACUCCUGGAUAGACGUGGUGAUAAAUCAGAUAACAGGCGAUAUUUACCACAAUUCGACACCACAAUUUGGUAUUGUUUGCUAUAACAGCUGUUGAAAUUUUGACGAAAACAGUAUAAAAAACCGAAAUUGGGCCACAGCGAGCAGGAAGGCUCCUUUAUCGAUCGCAGGCCGGGCAGACAAUGAUCAAAGCUAAAGGCAAUAAUGGGCUUUAUUUAAAUGCAAAAACAAUUCGGAUACAAAUCUCCAUUCUAGCCAAACAAAAUAAAACAAUAAACGGAUCACACUGGCAUUUAUGUACGGAUUAUAACACAAGUGAUGUCGUUGACUUCCUUGUUUAUUUUCCCAUUUUUCCAAGCCCCCUGGAAGCUGGAUUUUUGUCCCUAGUCGGUAUAAUGUUCCCUCUUUCGCAAGACAAUCAAUCCCCUGCCGGUCCAAGACAAAUUCUGCUGUCCUUGCCGAAUUUACCUGUCCUCCCCCGUGAAGACUUGUCAGGCUUGUUACACAGGGGCGUAUUCUCCUUGGGCCUCCUUAGACCAAGCCUCGACCCCACUUUAGUUUCACUAGAAUGCAGGGACGCCGGAACGACCAAGGGGCAAGGGGGGCGGGCUUGAGAAAAAGGGCAUUUGAAAAUUAAUUCCUAGCUACCAACAGUUCUUUCGUAACUGUCAUUUUCUUUCGAUCUUUUGUCGGUAUCUUAAAAAUGACUAAAUUUUGGUAUAAGAAAUUUAUUUACAAGAUUUGAGAAAUUUCGUCAGAAAUAAGGCACUACAGUCAGGAUUUCAUUUGAAUCUCUUUCAUAUGAAACAAAAGGCCGGCGUCACUUCUGUAAAAAGGGCAUUUUAGCCCCCCUUGCCCCUACUAUCAAAAGGCAACAGUGGUGGUUGACCCCCCCCACCCCCCUCUCAGGCAUCCCUGGCAGAAUGGCUAUUGAAUAAUCUUAGCAACACCCUUCUUUAAAAGAACUAGAAAAAUUGGGUUCAUGCUGACUGUUCUUGAUUUUUUGAAACUUUGAGGCUCUACUGUUCAUAAAAUAUACUUAGAUAAAUUGAAUGUCAAGUCAAAAAGUUUAGAUAUGUUGGCUAUACAUAAAACAGACUUUGUUUAUGAUAACAUCAACAAUAGAUAUAAACUGAAUAAAGUUUGUUUUAAAUUCAAACUUGCGAUAAUAGUUUUAAAUCUGUCAAAUUUCAAUAUCACCGACAUCUAUUGAAAUGCAUUUUGAAUACUGUGUUCAAAGUUAAAGAGGAUAUGACACGAAAAUAAUAUUAGGUUUAUUUCAACCAAGUUUAACGCGCAGAUUUCAAAACUUUUUUCCUUUUUUCGAUACGAUAUCUAGUUCAUGAAAUAUUCGGUUUUAAAUUCGGAAUUUCGCAUACUUCGAUGGCAGAAUUUGAACGCGGUCAGAAAUUUGGCGCCAGAAGUCUGUGACGUCAGAUGUUGGACAGAAUAAGCGUGCUUUGUUGUGUUAGAUUGCCACCUACACGUUAAGUGCGAAAUGAAAUCCGCUUGCAAUAAUUUCCUGUUGUUUACUUCUGUGACAAAUUAUCAGCUUUUUUGAAUAACUGUUGAAUACGUAUUCAGGAAAUUUCGUAAAGGUAAUUUUUGGAGGAUUUACGUUUGCCAAUAGCUUGCACAAUAAUGCCGUCACGUCCCUCAACUUCCAUACUAAUCUUUGUAUGCAUGAUUAUGUGCGUUGAGUAUUGAGAUUUCCGACUUUUUAAUAAUUGAAAAAACCUUUUGAGUUCACAAAAGUAUAAAAUAGGGGCGUAAGAUGCUUUCAGGCAGUUUUCAGUUCAGAACAUCAGCUCAAAACAACGAGAUUUGAAACAAGAUUUCGAAUUCAAAUCAAUAAGUAUGCAAGAAUCUACAAGGCCGACAAACAAAAAAGUGAAACGUGGGGGGCAAUAUUGCGUUGCCGGAUUACCAAAUGGGGAGAGCUGUACAAACAGUAGUUUGACGCCAGGUAUUAGUAUGCACCGUUUUCCAAGUAAAAACCUCGAUUUGCGAAGGCAAUGGAUUCGUUUCGUCAGAAGACAUCGUGCCAAUUUCAAUCACCAAGCCUACUCGAUCGGCCCUUACCUGUGCUCAGAUCAUUUUGAGCGCUCUUGCUAUGAAAAACCGUUUGCUUUAGAGCUUCCUGGUUUUGACAGUUCCAAAACGAAGAGGACUUUAAAAAAGGAUGGUAUUCCAACUGUAUUCGACACACGAGGACGAAGCCAGGCAUUUAGUGAAUCGUCUUCAAAGGUGGCAAGAAACAGAAGAACUUUGUUAAGAGGAAUCAAACAGCACGAACACGCUAACAAAAAUGAAUGUGCUUCAGGACAGUUCGAUGAAGAGAUAGAAGAGGUUGAGGUAGGCGAAAAUGCGUUCACCAUCGGGGAACAGCACAACGAUUCUGAAGAACAUGUAGACGUUGUUCCAUUGCAGUGCCAAGUUCAUCUGACAGGUGCCCCCGUACACACAUGCCCCACAUGCAUAACCCCUCAACGAGAAGAGGUUCAAGGAAAUAUUAGAACACAUACGGCAAUACAGGUGGCAAUGAUGUGCAAGAAAUGCACUGAAACACGGAAAAAAAUUCAGAACCUAAGACGUCAGAACAACAGGCUAAAACAUGUUAUAAGGACACUACGGGAAGGCAGCGAAAAGAAUGAAGAUAGCGGUAACCCUAUUCCUGUUGAGGAUAUACUUCAUGCUGAAGAGUCAAAUGAAAAUUUAUCAGAAGACGAGGACAGCGAAUGGAAAGUUGAUGAAGCAGACAGUUCUCCUAGUGACAUGUCAGAUAGUGAUGGGACUGAUUUUGAUGAUUAUGAUUAUGAUGAUACACAUAAAAAGAGGCAACAAGUGAGAAUUGACCAAAAUGCAACUCCAGAAAAAGAACCCAAGUUUAUUGUAUUUUAUACAAUGCUACUACAAGUCUUUUCAAUCCUCUGUUUCAAGUGUAAAAAAACUAAGCCAGGAGUCAGAAUGGAGCAGAAUGGGACAAUGGUAACUGUUUAUCAGAGUUGCAUCGAAUGUGGGAAAGACUGUUGGAAAUGGAGGUCACAACCAUACGUUCUUGGUCGUUAUCCAGCUGGUAACAUCUUGCUUAGUCUCGGCACUCUUACAGCUGGAGCAUCAAUCAGCAAACUGCUAUUAAUUUUCAGACACUUCGGCCUUGCCACUUACAGUGCACAUACUUUUUUCCGUCAUCAAAAAAAGUUUGUUUUCCCUGCAAUUCUCCGUCACUGGGAGCUAUAUAGAGCAUCAUUGCUGACUGAGCUUCAUGGUGUUAAAGACAUUGUCCUAUGUGGCGAUGGUCGAUUCGAUUCGAUGGGGCAUUCAGCAAAAUAUGGCACUUACACGAUGUAUUGUGACAAUAUAAAAAAAAUCAUACACUUUGAAUUGGUUCAGUCAAAUGAAUGCAAAGGUAGUUCCAAUAUGGAGUUGCUUGGUGCUAAGCGAUGUUUCGGAUACCUAAAUGAUGCCGGGAUAGAGGUCUCCAAUUUUAUAUCAGACAGACACAGAGGAGUGGCCAAAUGGAUAAGGGAGUCUUUACCACAUGUCCAUCAUUAUUAUGAUAUUUGGCAUGUUGCACGCACCUUAACCAAGAAGGUAACAAUAGCUAGCAAGGAGAGAAAUUGUGAGAUAUUGGGUACCUGGUGUUCAACAAUCCGCAACCACCUCUACUGGUGUGCAACAUCGACAAAGGAAGGUUUUGGGAAACUCAUUGUCGCAAAAUGGAAGGCUUUCUCAAAUCACAUCCAGAACAAGCACAACAACCACGAAGACAAACUGUUUCAGAGGUGUGCACACGGAGAACUAGAUCAUAAACGUAGAUGGAUUCUCAAUGGAACUACUGCAUAUGACAAGAUUCAGCCAAUUCUAAUGAAUCAAAGCCUUCUACAAGACAUUGCGAAAUUGUCAUCAAAUGCACAAACCAGCUGUCUCGAGGGAUACCACUCUACACUGAACCAAUGGCACCCAAAGAUGACACAUUACUCCUGGAUUGGCUCUCUGUGCAGGCAUAUAAUGGCAGUUUCACAUUUCAACGAAAACCUGCACAGGGAAGCACAAAAAGACAAAAAUGGAAAGGAAUAUUUCAAAGUUUCUUAUCCUAAAUAUAAACUUGGCGAAGAAGCAGUAAAACCUGUUCCAGUCCCUCCAUCUUACAAUUACGUUGAGCAUACAAAAGAACUUUUAUUUAAAUCAAACGAAGAAGAACUUGGCCAGAUUUGGAAAAAGUAUGCUGAUAAGAUGCCUGCAUCCUUGGUGAGCAGAUUUGAAAGAACAAAAAGUAAGAAAGAGGCUGUAAAAGAAUAUAAAAAAAGGAGAACACUAUUUCAACCAUUAUACCCUUCAGAAAAUGAUCAAUACAAACUCCAAGAAGAUUUGGUAGCUGAGCAAGCAUGCAACAGAGCUGAUCGUUUGCCAAAAAGAAAGGCCCCUUCAUGCAAAAAAUGUGGCCAAUUGAUGAAAGGACAUGCUAAGACUUUAUGCAAAGAAUGACUUAAAGAAUUAUAUACACUUGCAUGAAAUUAAAUAUAACAAAAGCUAAUUGUAUAAAGAUAAUCUAUGUUAUUAGUUACGUUCUUCUGCAUUUUUAUAUCCAAUCUUCUGGUUAGACAUAAACUUUUCACGGACGUUAUGAUAAAUGCAUGCAGGCAGAGGCCGUGUAUUGUCCCAUCCCAUGUAUCCAAAUAUCCAGCGUGCUAACCAGCGAUAAGAAACUGCACGA